UACACGCUAGUAUGAUUGAUUUCAGGUAGGUCUUAUAGGUAUUUGAGAACAACCUGAAAAAAAAAAAGAGCAAUGAUUCUAAAUGACAACUAUGAGCCGCUCUAGUUCAAACGAGCAUCAUCGGGAUACCUCAGAAGAAUGUAAUUCUAGCUCACUUGAACAGCUAUGUCAAGUGGCUCUCCACGAGCCGCGAGCAAUUCAGACUAACGGAAGCAAUCACAAUGUCUUUGACAAUGGAUCAAAUUACGUCAUGGUUCUCUCUAGUAGUCAAGUUCCAACUGUUGUUGAUACUGCUCACAGAACAGCAAGCAGUUCUCAAGGCAAUUUGUUGACGAGUUUACAAAAUCAAUAUGGUAACUUAACGUUUGUAAAUUCGCUGAAGGCUGAAUCAGUUCCAGGUGCCAUUGAGGGCACCAUCCGCGAAAUUAACUCCAAUACUCACGCUGAGUUGUACACAGAAUCUUUUCAAGUCACGGAUCCCAUACUAGAAUACAAUAGAGAUCAGAGGUCCCCAACGUUUCCUCAACAGUACCGUAAAACCCGAGAUUUCACUCCUGAUGAUCUUAAGGACGAAGGCUACUGGAUAAAACGCCGCAAAAAUAACGAGGCGGCAAAAAGGUCUCGCGAAAAACGCAAAACUAACGAUGCCGCCCUGGAGGCGCGUGUUGCAAUUUUGGAGCAAAUGAAUGAAAAACUGGGCGAAGAAAACGAAGAACUGAAAAAGUGCCUCGCUGCUGCUAACCAAAAAAUUAAAAUGCUGCGAAACGAAAGGGACAGACAAAAGUAUUCUAAUAGUCCACUUGAAUCGGUCAAUGAUAUGCAAACUGAUGGCACUACUUUCAACAUCGAUAGGCCUUUAAAGCGAAACAACGCGUCUCAGAAUCCGCCCUUGUUCUACAUACAAAACCCCCAGAGAGCAAAAUACCCAUCGGCUGUAGAACAGAUCGAUCUAAGUGAACCAAUAGCCACAAACCAUGGUGUCAAUAGGCUAAAAUCUGGGCCGAGAACAACCCAAUACAGUGAGCAGAUAUCGCGCUCAUUUGCGAUCGAACAAAGCCCGUCAGCGGGAAUAAUACCCUCGGCGAAUCCUACGAUAAUUAAACAGUCAGUCAAUAGAGCGAGUCAAGCGUCCAAUCAGCUUUCAGCUGCUACCCGAGCACCUCGAAAUUCUAUUAUAGUUCCAAUUCAUCAGCUCUCUAGUUUAGGUGGAUCGCAGGUGACAGCAGCGAACCAACUUAACAAUGGUUCUCUGGUACAGCAAACUCAAAACAGAAAUCCUAUUGUUUACUUGAACACAGGCUGUGGAGUCAUGCCGUUUAAUACGUUUCUACAGACACAGCCAGCUGUCAAUCAAGAUGUCAACUCUAGUGCAAAUCUGAAGCACCACGAAAUAAUGUUCCACCCAGAAGAUCAAGCAGGUCUUGUUAAUUCUUCUGGCGAAUUGAGUGACGCAGCUCUCGAAGAAGCAUGUAAGACUAUGAUAAUUCAGCAGCAAGACCCGGAUGGCUCUGUUGUGAAGACUGGAACCCUAGUUUCCAUGAGUACCCCUAUCGACCAUAUCAUACCUCUGAAAAAGAGAAAAGACGAUGCAAACAGUGUCUCUGAAGACCAAUCUCCUGGCAAGUUCAGCCAGCAACCUUCCUCGGUGGGCAACCCAGAGAUGCAAAACAUGCAUAUGACACCUGUCACAACCCCCGCUCCAUCCACCACACACCUUCAUAUACACCGUACAGGAAGAAAUAAUGCUGUAAAUGAAUCACCAAUAGACUCAGGCGUCGAGAAUGACUCCAGCAGCAACCCGGAAUACUGGAGGGCUCAACUGAUAACUAUAAUGAGCGAAGUUGAGAGACUCAAAACCCAAAUGGGCUCAAUAACACAGCAGAGCUCACAGCAAACCCCGACACAGCCAGUUAGCAGCCAGAGCGCACAGAUUUUUGACUCGGGCCAGCCGCAAUCGAACCAGGUUAUGACGUCAUCUGCGCCACCAGCCAUUCAAAAUGCCACAAGCCAUCCACAGCUAGUAGUGAUGCAACCAAUGGGAGUUCGUACUUCAUCGAUGUCAAAUUUGGAAACCACUCCGACUAAAUCGCCAAUGAUGCUAAAUCAAAUAGGAAGUGACGCUAGGACGGACUCUCCUCUCACAUCGAAUAAUUCUUCUACCGGUGAAAACUGAUCGAAAACAAAGGAUCCAUUCUAUGUUAGAAUGGCCUCCUUAAUUUAAUUUUGUACAGAAAACUUAUUGAUAAAAAGGAAGAAACGAGACUGCAAAAAUGUCUUUUUACCAGCUGAGCUGUUGCACCGCAAAAUUUUGUUGAUAAACUUUAAAUUCCUAUGAGUUAUAUACUGUUUAUGUGUUGAAUGUCAAUUGUUUUCUGACUU